AUGACAAGCAACAACGAAGAUGAAGAAAACAGUGAAUUUAUACCGAUAACAUCAGAUACAAUUAAAGAAAUUGCUGAAACUUCUACUGCUUCUAAGAAAUCAAGAAAAAAGAGUGAGGAGAAAACUGGAAGAAUCUCCACCAUGGUGAUAAAAUAUCAUAACAACCAUGAAUGCUCGGUUGAUGCAAGAAAAUCAUAUCAGAAGCAUGCUACAUCAACAUUUAUAAGUGAACAAAUUUUAGAACAUGUUCGAGAUAAAAAGAUUGAGGUUACACCAGCCUUUGUAGAAAGUGAAAUGAAAAAGAAAUUUGGAUUUGACAUUGGAUAUCACAAGGCAUGGCGCGCUAUUCAAAAAGAUAUUGCUUCCAUAAGGAGAACACCGGAAGAGAACUACCAGAUUCUUCCUUCAUACCUAUACAUGAUGGUGCAUAGAAACCCAGAGACAUUUGCUUACAUGUUCUUUGCUCCUGCGGCAUCAAUAGUUGGUUGGUGCUACUGUAGACCCGUGAUUGCAGUAGAUGCAAUAUUUUUAAAGUCAAAAUAUCGUGGCGUUCUAUUUGUUGUUGUAUCAAAGGAUGCAAACAAUCAAAUCUUUCCUCUAUCUUUCGGUGUAGUAGAUUCAGAAAACAACGAUGCAUACAUCUGGUUCUUCGGGGAAAUGAGAAAAGCAAUUCAAGUCCGUCGUGAACUGGUUUUCUUAUCAGAUAGAAACCAAUCGAUCGCAAAUGGGAUUAGAAAAGUUUAUCCUGAAGCUCACCAUGGUAUCCGCCUCUAUCACUUUGAGAAACAUUUAAAGCAAAGACGUGCAAAAGCCACAGUAAUAAAUCUUUUUCAAAGCGCUGCAAGGUCAUACAAACGUGAAGAUUUUAAUCAGUUAAUGUCCCAAAUCAAAAGUGUUGACAAGAAAACAUACAAUUACAUAAUAGAAGAGCUACCAGAGAGAUGGGCUCGAUCGUGGUUCCUACGGCGACGUUAUGAUAUGCUAACAACAAACAUGGUAGAAUCAAUGAAUUCUGUGUUACUAAAAGUGAGAUAG